AUGCCUGAGAUCUCCGACCCCUACUGGCAGGACAAGGACAUCCGGUUCGACAUCACCAACCCCGAGCUCGCGUUUGGACCGGUGGAGAUCUUGUUGGACAAGCUCGAUCUGGUGGAAGACACGAAAGGCAAUGCGGGAGACCGAGGGAAAUUAUUCAUCACGAACAUGCGAAUCAUAUGGCAGAGUCAUGCUAAACCUCGCGUCAAUCUCACCGUGGGCUGGUCUUGUGUGACAGGAAUCUCCAGUAGAUCAGUGAAUUCUGCUCUCAAAGGCCUGACGGAGGCCCUAUAUCUGAUGACUAAGAUAAACAACACCCGGUUCGAGUUCAUAUUCACGAAUUUGGUUUCGGGAACACCGAGAUUGAUAGCUUCGAUACUCAACGUUUACAAAACCUACAACGCAACGAGACUCUACCGGGAGCUGAAGCUCCGAUCGGCCAUAAUCCAGAACCGAGCGCUGAAGGUAUUGCAAUUGGAAAGAAUCAUAAAUAAGAUCGACGGCGUUUGGAACCUGAGCUCAGAUCAAGGAAAUCUCGGGACGUUUUACGUGACAACCGUUAGGAUUGUGUGGCAUGCGAAUCUGAACGAAAACUUCAAUGUGUCGUUACCGUAUAUCCAGGUGGCCAGUCUUCGGUCAAGAGAAAGCAAGUUCGGAACGGCUCUCGUUAUCGAAACUACAGAGUGGAGCGGUGGCUAUCUUCUCGGUUUCAAAAUCGAUCCUCCCGAGAAGUUGAAGGAUGUCCUGAAAGAACUGCGUAGCGUUUGCAAAGUCCACAGAGAGAAACCUAUAUGGGGCGUCGAUGAGACCACGCUACAAGCCACUCAUAAGGCGACUCUGGGCCUCCUGAACGACGAUGGGGUCGGGAUGCCGACGUUGAUCGAGGAUGAGGAAGUUUCGCAACAGGACACUCCACCAGAUCUCCUAGCGGCUUACUAUGCUGAUGGAGGUCAAGAAGAAGAUCGACAGGUUGUCUAUUCCGAGGACUUAGGACUCGCCAUAGAAGCUCUCAAAGAUGGUUACACGCUCAAGAGUCUUUGGGAAGUGAUUCCGAGUUGAACGAGUCGCCGAUUCCGAGUGACAUCCAGUCGGUGGUCCGGAGCUUUCUGACCGCCCUCGGCUACAACCCUUCCUCGUUCGAAAGAAGAGUCGUCCAGAUAUGCAGUGUUGGUGGAAUAGUCAGUUGACCGCAGAGAGCCAAUAAAACGAGGAUUCAAGCA